GUUUAUUCAAUGUGAUUUUAUCUACUUUUUUAUCUACUUUAUAAUCACCAACCUAACCUAACCAAUGUCUGUUUCAUCUACACACAAUAAAACACGAAUAACGCUAUGCACUAUAGGUGACAAAAAAGGUUCAGAAAACAAUAUUGUGAUAAUUACCACCUAUACAUGAUACUGUUUAUCUAUAUGAAAAUAAAAAUUUCAAGGAAUGUGUCAGUCUAAAUGUCAAAAUAUUUUCAAACGUAUUCCGUGUAUCGACGAGUUAUAACGCCGUCCGACGUUUGAUGAAAAAGAAACAUGUACUACAUAAUUAAAAUUUGUUACUCAUUAUGUCUACUAAAAGCUUAUGUGUGGCCAAAGGAUAUCAUGCCCACGUUCUUACAACCUAUUCAACAUCUGGUCCGUUUUACUAAUUUUGAGAUAAUCGUCAACCAGUCUAAUGGAGAAGUAAAAGAAGGUGCUUUUAAGCAGUAUUAUGAUACACAGAUAUUGGAUCUAGACUACGUUAUCUAUAAGAAAGUAGUGGCACAUCGCAUGCAUUUUGAGCUGAUUAAAUGUAAAGAGCAUUACAUAGAUUGCGUUAAUGUUAGAACAUUUGAUGUUCUUAAUUUGUGUGGCAAUGAAAAUGCUAUUAAAAUUUUUUUUAAAGCAGAUUACAUAAGCCAAGAGAUUACCUGUGAACUCCAAGGCGAGUACCUUGCAAGAAAUUUAACAUACAACAUGGAAUAUGUACAUCAAUUGUUUUUCACAUUGUCAGAUAAAUGGUGGGAAUUGACAUUCAAAUGGAGAAUUUCUUUUUAUAACAAAGAAAAUGAGUUUAUUAUCAAAUUCAUUGGCGAUUACAAAUAUAUCACUUACAGAAAGCGAAAUCGAAAUCCUAUAAGCACAUAAAAAGUCAUAAUUUUUUUUUUUAAUUGAUCUACAUUUUAUGAAUCUAAUAAACACAUGUGUUAAAAUAGCCUUAUGGGUUGUUCUCAAAAUUGAUAUCUGUCAAUUGUUUGGCUCGAAAGAAAAAUAUACAUUAAUCUAAUUAUAAAUUGUUUAUAUUUUUCCUUAGUCGAGCGACCCUUAUGGACACGCGUGUUUUUCAAAUUAAUUAUAUUUUAUCUUUAGCUA